UCUUCUAUUUACAUCGUUUAGUAGACUGGAAGCUUGCUUUAAUCAAAGCCAUUUGAAGCACUUUUCAGAGCCUCGGUUAACGCCAUGCAGGCCCUUAUUAGCUUUAUUUUCAGUUUUACAUCCUUUUUAUUCCUUGUCUCAAUGUUUCUGGAACCCGGAGGAGCUGCUGCAGAUGAGGAUGGCGUUUAUAUUGUUUACAUGGGUGCACCGGCUUCGAGUAAGGGUUCAUUAAGGGAUGAUCAUACCCAACUUCUAGAUUCUUUGUUAAAACGGAAAAAGGAUGCCCUGGUACACAACUACAAAAAAAGCUUCUCUGGGUUUGCAGUGCUUUUAUCUGCUGAAGAGGCUAAUUCAAUUGCUGAGAGUCCUGGAGUUGUGUCAGUCUUCCCCGACCCUGUGUUGGAACUCCACACUACCCGAUCAUGGGAUUUCUUGAAGUAUGGAACGUCAGUGAUGAUGGAAUCAAACCCCAGCUCAGACUCGAACUUAACAGAUCAUGGUUCAGAUGUCAUCAUUGGCAUCAUGGAUUCAGGAAUUUGGCCAGAGUCGGAGAGUUUUAACGACAAGGAAAUGGGUGAAAUUCCUAAAAAAUGGGGUGGUAUCUGCGCAAAAGGACGGGAUUCCAGCACCUUCAAUUGCAACAGAAAGAUAAUAGGGGCAAGAUCGUAUGGCGAAAGUUUGCCGAGAGACGUGAUUGGGCACGGCACUCAUGUGGCGUCAACCGCAGCUGGGGCUGAGGUCCAUGGUGCAUCUUACUACGGGCUGGCAUCAGGGACCGCCAGGGGUGGAGCGCCAGGGUCUAGAUUAGCUAUAUAUGAUGUGUUUUCCUCUCAAAACAGAGGCCGUGGAUCCACUGUAUUAGCUGCAUUUGAUGAUGCGAUUGCCGAUGGGGUUGAUGUGCUAUCACUGUCCUUCGGAUCAUCCUCCAUUCUGCAACAAGAAUUUAUAAAAGAUCCAAUUGCCAUUGGGGCAUUCCACGCUGUGCAGAAUAAUAUUACUGUGGUCUGUUCCGCGGGAAAUGAUGGACCGAACCCUGGUUCAGUUGUGAACUCUGCACCUUGGAUUUUGACCGUCGCCGCAAGCACGAUUGACCGAGGGUUUGAAUCCAAUGUUGUCCUGGGGAACUAUGAAGUAAUUAAGGUAAUGAUGCUCUUCUUUGACCCUUUUCCGUUCUUGUCAGAUUUUCUCACGCGUCUUCUAACUGAUAUGCAGGGCGAAGGUAUUAAUUUCGCCAACAUUCAAGCAUCUCCUGUGUACCCAAUUAUGUACGCAAAAUCAGCCAGGAAAAGUGGAGUAGCCGAAAAUGCAACAAGGAACUGCAGGCCAGAUUCCAUGGAACAAGAACUUAUCAAAGGAAAGAUCGUUGUUUGUGACAAUGAAGAUUCAUUGUUUCCAUAUAUAAAUAAGCAAAAUGAAGUGAAGAAACUUGGAGGUAUUGGGGUAAUCCUGAUCGAUGAUGAAUUAAGAGAGGUUGAAUUCAAUUUUGGUGCAUUUCCCACAAGUGUGAUCAGUUCAAAAGAUGGUGCAAAGGUUCUCUCCUACAUCAACUCAAUAAAAAAUCCAGUUGCCGUGAUCUUGCCAUCGUCGACAAAUUCUAAGCCAGCACCUACAAUACCAUAUUUCUCAUCUAGAGGCCCUUCAAACAUCCCAAAGAACAUCCUCAAGCCCGAUAUCGCAGCACCCGGAGUGAACAUUCUUGCAGCAUGGAUAGGAAACGAUACAGCUGAGACUCCAGAAGGCAAAGAGCCGCCACUGUAUAAUCUGCUCUCAGGAACUUCCAUGUCAUCUCCACAUGUCUCCGGGAUUGCUGCUACAGUCAAAUCAAGAAACCCUGAAUGGAGCCCCUCCGCAAUCAGGUCAGCCAUCAUGACAACAGCGGCCCAAAUAAAUAAUAAUAAGGCGCCAAUUAUGACUGAGAAAAGUACAGCAGCUACACCUUAUGAUUUCGGUGCCGGAGAAGUAAGCACCACGGGACCAUUACAGCCUGGCCUGGUUUAUGAGACUACUACCAUUGACUACUUGAAUUUCCUAUGCUACCAUGGUUAUAAUACAUCUACAAUAAAAAUUAUGGCCUACACUAUCCCGCAUGGGUUUACAUGCCCGAAGGAGUCGAGCAUUGAUCUUAUAUCCAACAUCAAUUAUCCAUCGAUAUCGAUUCCCUAUUUCGAUGAGAAAGCAGGCAGGAAAGUGAUCAGAACCCUUACAAAUGUCGCCGGAGAUGCAAAAACAGUGUACAACGUUAGCGUUGAUGCACCUACAGGUCUUUAUGUUCAAGUGGUCCCGGAUAACCUGGAAUUCACUAAAUUUGGUGACAAAUCAUCGUAUCAAGUGAGCUUCUCUAUCGGAAAUCCGCUCAAGAAAGAUGUAUUUGGAUCCAUAACGUGGUCUAAUGGAAAAUACAAAGUCAGAAGUCCGUUUGCUAUAAGCAGUAAAAAUGGUGGCUUAGCAUUCGAGUAAGGUGUACAACAUCUACAACAAAAUAGCAGGAUCCACGUUUUCUCACAAAAUUUGAUAUGUUUUUGCCCUUAGAAUUUUAUAAGUUCUCAUCUCCUAAAAUUUUAGGAGUUUCCCCCAAACAUAAAAUCAAAUCUUGUGUCCGUACCUCUCAUAAGUUCCACUAUAAUAAGCAUGAAUCGGAGCUUUUUAAUUUAA